UGUGUAGGACAGUGUGUUAGAUGAGGGAAAUACGCUAUAGAAUCUCAUAUGAUCUGUACUGGAAUGACUGGCAGUCACGGGACAGUGUCUGAGAAACAGUGAGUCAGGUGAGGAGACAAACAUAGAAUCCUCCCUCCAUACUCUAUCCUUAACACAGCAGUCUCAGCAUGGACACCCGGUCACUCUGCAGAAUGGUGAAUCUCCUAUUGUGCUUCAUGGAAGUCCUGGGCGCUGCUUCGAACGAUGACGGCUGGUCUAUGAAGGUUCAGGCGGAGGUGCGUGCCAUGGAGGGCUACCCAGUGGUGCUGCCUUGCUCCUUCACCCACCCCCACCACACGCUGCACUCCUCCCUGCAGGUGGUGUGGCGGCUGGGCCACGGCCAGGGCUCUACGGUGCUCUACCACUGCUCCUCUUCCACUGGGGCCAGGACCUGCCAGCCAGGCCCUCAGCAGGACCAGCGUUAUCGCCUGGAGGGGAAUCCCCGAGAGCACGACCUCUCCUUGCGCAUCAACAGCGCCGCCCUGCAGGACAACGGACGCUACUACUGCCGUGUGGAGGUCCCCGGACACGCACACGCCAGCUACGAGGAUAAGAUGGGCACACGGCUUAGAGUGGAGGCUGCCCCACGAAUCCUGGGACUGUCAGUGGAAGGCAGUGAGGAAGCUGGCUACAGGGCUCAGUGUCGUGUCCAGGGCUCUCCCCUACCUGACGUCCAGUGGCUGGGGCCUGACCAGCUCAUGGAAGGCUCCGACAUCUCUCCCCUCUCCCAGGAGUCCCUCGAGCAACAUUACACCACCAGUCAGCUCCGGGAUGUCCUCCCUGGGCAGCAGUACACAUGUAGUGCCUCCAACCCCCUGGGGAAGGACCAGGCCACCCUGUACAUGCUGCCCCCCAGGCAGGUGCAGGUCUCUGGGGAGGCCCCUCCGCUGCUGCUCCUGCUCUCCCUCUCCCUGGGGUUCAAGGUGCUCCUGCUGCUCGGGGUGGUAGUCUGGCUGCCGCAGGGAGGAGGCCCAGCAUGGCUCAGAUGCUGGUUCAAAUGAUACACUGUUUGCAUACGCAUACACACUAAUCCAAAUGUUUUAACUUUUCAUACAUUUUUCCAUUUGUCUUCAAUAAAUAAUACAUUAUGGACCUAUUUGUAUAUAAUUCGAUCCCACCUCAUUCCCUACCAAGGGUUUAUAUGUAAUGAAUAGAGUGUAAAUCCUUAGUUUAUUGUUUAUGAAUCUAACUCAUUGGUUGAAAUGUUGUGAUCAUCUAACUAUUUGUCAAGCCUCAAAAUGGGGGCUACACACAAAACCUCUGUACAUUUAAAAGGUGAAGA